CCCGCCACCUACUAGUGGGCAUCCUAAAGUUGGGCUAGGCUAGGUAGGGUUCCUGAAAACGCGACUCUCAAAUGAGAGUCGCGUUUUCUGGGGGUCGAAUUUUGACCACCCAACUCCCUCCCUUUCACCGCACUGAACUCCUCCCCGUCUACAAACUCCAAUUUCCAACCAAACUCCCUCCCAUUCACCGCACUGAACUCCUCCCUGUCUACAAACUCCAACCUUUCCAACAAAACUCCCUCCCUUUCACCGCACUGAACUCCUACCCAUCUACAAACUCCAACCUCUUCUCCAACUCCCACCCAACUCCCUCCCUUUCACCGCACUGCACUCCUACCCAUCUACAAACUCCAACCUCUUCUUUAACAACCCACCCAACUCCCUCCCUUUCACCGCACUGAACUCCUACCCAUCUACAAACUCCA